GAGGAGGCGGUGGGGAAGCUGAGGGCGAGUGUGGAGGAGCAGCAGGCAGCGGCGGAGGCGAAGCGGGGGGAGAUUGGCACGGCGCUCGUGGCAGGGCUGAGCGCGGGCGAGCAGGCCGAGGUGGAGGCGCUGGUGCCGGAGAUUGACAGCGUUAAGCAGCAGCUGCUGGCGUGCAAGCGCACCCGCCUGGAGGUGGAGAGUCGCAUGAGCCAGCUGGAAACUGCUUUAACAGAGAACUUGCUGAGGCGGCAGGACGAGGUGCAGGCGGAGGUGGACGUGGUGUAUGUGGCGUCCCGGCGCAGCGAGCUGGAGGGGCGCCGGGCAGAGGCGGCUGCUGCUGAUAAUGUGCUGCAGGAGCUGGUGCAGGAGCACAAGCGUGUGGGGAGCCGUAUGGAGCAGCUAAUGAAAGAGAUCAGGGAGCUGAAAGCGAACAAGGACAAGCUCAAGCAACAAGAGGAGGAGUGGGAGCGGGCAGUGCAGGACGAGGGCAAGGCGUUGGAGCAGCUGCUGAACCAGCGCAGCGUGUGGCAGCACAAGCGUGACGAGGCGAGCAAGAAGAUCAGGGACCUCGGCUCGCUGCCUGCUGAUGCCUUUGACAAGUACCAGAAGCAGAGUAUGCGCGAGCUGCACCGGCUGCUGCACCGGUGCAACGAGGAGGUGCAGGGCUUUGGACACGUGAACCGCAAGGCGCUGGACCAGUACGUGAACUUCACGGAACAGCGCGAGGAGAUGCACCGCCGGCAGCUGGAGCUGGAUAGGAGCGAUGAGAAGAUCAAGGAGCUGAUUGGGGUGUUGGAUCAGCGCAAGGACGAGGCCUUAGAGCGCACCUUCAAGCAGGUGGCGCGUAACUUCCGAGAGACCUUCGCGCAGCUCGUGCGCAGCGGGCACGGGUCCCUGGUGAUGGUGCGCAAGAGGAAGGAGGACGAGGCGGUGGAUGAGGAUGAGGACGAUGAGGAGGGCGGUGGCGGGGGAAGGGAUGGCGAAGCGGACAGCCGGCUGGAUAAAUACGCGGGAGUCAGGGUCAAGGUCUCAUUCACAGGGCAGGGAGAGACGCAGGCGAUGCGGCAGCUGUCGGGAGGGCAGAAGACCGUGGUGGCCCUCGCACUCAUCUUCGCCAUCCAGCAGUGCGACCCCGCUCCAUUCUAUCUGUUUGAUGAGAUAGACGCAGCUCUGGACCCCCAGUACCGGGCUGCUGUGGGAAGCAUGAUCCGCAAGCAAGCAGACGAGUCGGGCACGCAGUUUGUGAUCACGACGUUCCGCCCGGAGCUGGUGAAGGUGGCGGACCGCGUGUACGGGGUGUUCCAUAAGAACCGUGACGCCAUCCUCGCAUUCGAGCGCAACUUCCCAGUCCCUUCCCUUCACCGCCCCCCGUCCUCCUCGUCCGUCCUCAUUCGUGUGGCAGCAGCCAGUCUAAACUUCGCGGACGCCCUGCAAAUUAUGGGGCAGUACCAGGAACGACCCCCGGUGCCGUUUGUCCCAGGCGCAGAGGUGGCGGGGGUGGUGGAGGAGGUGGGGGAAGGCGUGGGAGGGUUUAAGAGAGGGGACAGGGUUUGCGCCGUGGUGGAAGGAGGGGGGUUUGCGGAUUUGGCAGUGGCAGAUGAAGGCUCGUGUGGCUUCCUUCCUCUCCCACUUUCCACCUACCUAACUCCCUCCCUCCCUCCCUCCCUCCCUCCCUCCCUCCCUCCCUCGCUCCCUCCCUCGCUCCCUCCCUCGCUCCCUCCCUCCCUCCCUCCCUCCCUCCCUCCCUCCCUCCCUCCCUCCCUCCCUCCCUCCCUCCCUCCCUCCCUCCCUCCCUACCUCCCUCCCUCCCUCCCUCCCUCCCUCCCUCCCUCCCUCCCCCCUUCCCCCCCUCCCUCCCUCCCUCCCCCCCUCCCCCCCUCCCCCCAUGCCUUCCCACGCCCUCCUUCCCUGCCUUUUUUGCCUCUCCUCCAACCUUUUUGUCUCUUUCUCCUUGCUUUCCCCUUCUCCUUCCCGCCCAGUUUCCACACAUAUCCUUACCGCAGUGCCCUUCCCAGCAGCAACAGCGCUCCCAGCCUUUCCCAUCUGGCGCUCACGCAGCGGGCACGCGUGGGGAGGGGACACGUGGUGCUAGUGCUGGGAGCGGGGGGCGGAACUAGUCCCCCCUUCCCCACCUCAUGUCCCUCCCGCACCUCGUGUCUUCUCUCUUUUGCCUUCCGCCCCUUCUCCCCCUUUCCUUCCAGUUUCCACAUCCCUCCCACAGUGCCAUUCCCAGCAGCAGCAGCGCUGCCAGUGGCGUUCGGCACGGCCCAUCUGGCGCUCACGCAGCGAGCGCACGUGGGGAGGGAGCACGUGGUGCUGGUGCUGGGAGCGGGGGGCGGCGUGGGCGUGGCAGCAGUGCAGAUAUGCAAGCUUCUAGGGGCCACUGUCAUUGCUGUUGCCAGGUGA